AUGCCACCGCAAGAAGUUGGGAAAAUAUGGACAUUUAUUAUGGAUCAAUUUCAAGAUAUGAGCAUAUUGAGUAAUGAUGCAUUAUUCGAUCUAUCACUGUGGAAUUAUUUUGAUUUUAAAAGUUCAAGAACAAAUAAUAGUUUAGAAGGUUGGCAUCAUCGUUUAAAUUUUGAUUUAAAUCAUAUCAUACAUCCACAUUUUUAUAUGAUUAUUCGUGCUGUUCAAAACAAUUAUGCACAUAAUUCAGCAAUAUUAUCACGUCAUACAGCCACUAGUACAAUACCAUCAAGAAAAAAGUUAUUUGUGAAUCGAAAUGCACGAUUACAUGAUUUAGAAAAUCGUUAUAAACAACAGACAUUAACACUGCAAGGAUAUCUUGAAAAAGUGAUGCGAUUAAUUGGUAUCAAAAAGUUUUGA